AACCGAUCAAAAACAAAAAAUGGUUGAUAUUUUAAUUAAUAUAAUGAUUGAAAAAAUGGGAUUUGAUGAGAAAGAAAGCCGUUGUCUAUACAUAUUUAUUGUGAAACUAUUGUCUGAUAAACGAAACACUGUUCACAUCAAAAAGACACUCUUGGAUGAGAUGAUUGAAAAUCUAUUUGUUUCGGAAGAUAAGCAAUCAUUUGAGGAGAGAGAGCGUGUCUUAUUAGAACUGUUGCAGUCAGAGACAGGACAUGGUUUGCAUGGUUUAGACGAAACACAAUUCUUACGAUUGGCACUAAACGCCAAUUUGUUAAGCCAUGUAUUUGAUUACAUCAAUCAAAUCGUAAUGUCUGCUAAUGUGUCCGUUGAGGAGAAAAAAGUUUUCAUCGAAACUAUUUAUUCUAAUAUCGAAGUAAUUAUUGAAAUCGAUUUC